AUGUGAGCGCUGGGGGAAUAGAAUUAGAAGUAAAAGAAAGGAAGAAAUUGAGGUAUUGGCCUGUUAGCGGGACUGUGUCUCCCCUUCCAAAUUCCGAUUCCUUCGUAGCCGCCAUUGGUGUUCACUGCAUCUUCCUCUCCUUUUCCCAUUCCUUCUCUACCAACGACUUACCAGAUCUGCUCCUUUUCGCUCCAACAAUCAUUUCUCCCAUUCUGCCUAGGGUUUACACUUUCCUAUUUCUGCCGGCUCCUGUAUCAUCCUCCGUGUCAUGAAUUCGGCUCCGUUGGCACCACUUGCCGCUUUUCGCUGACGGAGAUUCGGAAUUCGGCUGCAAAAUGGUUCCAAUUUUGUUGUACAUCGUUGCUUUCCUUUGUACGUGCGGAGCUAUUGCGUUGUCCUUGCUUCACAUUUAUAAGCAUCUUCUCAAUUACACGGAGCCUACUUAUCAGCGGUUCAUUGUUCGUAUCGUUUUUAUGGUCCCGGUUUAUGCAUUGAUGUCAUUUUUGUCGCUUGUUCUACCAGUUGGUUCAAUCUAUUUUAAUUCAAUCCGGGAAAUCUAUGAAGCUUGGGUUAUUUAUAAUUUCCUAUCUCUAUGUCUUGAAUGGGUUGGUGGUCCUGGAGCAGUAGUCCUAAGCUUAACUGGACGGAUUCUGAAGCCAUCAUGGUUUCUGAUGACUUGUUGCUUGCCUCCAAUAGCACUUGAUGGGCGUUUUAUACGUAAAUGCAAGCAAGGGUGUUUGCAAUUUGUGAUUUUGAAGCCAAUUUUAGUUGUUGUUACUCUAGUACUUUAUGCAAAGGGGAAAUAUAAGGAUGGAAACUUCAGUCCAAACCAAUCAUACUUGUACCUUACAAUCAUCUAUACAUUCUCCUACACAAUGGCUCUGNAUCCAUAA